CUGACUGUCCGUGGCCACUUCAGCAGCAUGAAAGCGCUAGCCUUUACCCUGCUCUUGGCUUUGGCAUUUACAACCAUCUUCAAUAUAGGAUGUGCCACACACCCUCAACAGGUUGACUGCAGUAAAUAUGAGAAGUUACCACAGGGAAAAGAGAGAUUUUGUUAUGAAAUAUAUGCACCAAUUUGUGGAUCUGAUGGCAAAACUUAUGCAAAUGAUUGCUUCUUUUGUUCUGAAGUUCUAAAAACCAACAACAAACUGAAAUUUGUACAUUUUGGAAAGUGCUGAAGCUAUCUUCUGAUUCCAAGUCACAUGAAACAAAUUUCUUCUCCCAUAUAACUAACCUAUGCCACAUUGCCUAAUCUUGUCACCAGUGUGUUUUGAUUUCUUUGCAGAAUAAAGUAGACA